AUUGUUUCCAUAUCUUUGGGCAUUGACUGUUUCCAUAUCUUAGAGAUCCAUAUGCAAAUCUUGGAUAUGUAAGUAAAUUACUUAAAUUAGAAAAAUAAGUAUGUGGUAGAUGGAUGUCUUGUUUAAUUUUUUUUUAUUUUAAGGAACAUUAUUAUGACCCUCAAAGUGGACAAGGGUACUUGUCAUGGAAAAUUAAGAACAUUCAGAGGAACAGUGCACCAUCAGAGACCCGUAGAUGUGUCCCCAAGUCUUUUAGUGGUGGCCCAUCUGCGCAGAGAGAAGCUUCAUCCAGCACAGAAGUUAUCCUGACCGAAGAACAGUAUAGGGAGGCUGUGUCUCUUAUGAAGCAUACUUCAGAGGAGGCGACAGUAAAGGUCAAGAUGAGGGAGACAUUUCAGUAUCGUCGCAAGAUGAUUCAUGACCCAAGCAGAUGCACCGAUGUGCUAACUGACUUUCCACGUUAUUUGGAUAUCAAAGGCCUGAUUGAGCUGGAUUUUGCUUGUCUUUUUGGUGAAAAGACAGCUGCUAAAUUUUUAGACAGGUGGCCAACUACAUUUAUGCAGAAAGUCAUUCAGCAGAGCAAGGGGCUUAACUCCUCCAAAGAACUUCAGGACCUGAUUCACUGUGCAGAAUCAGCUGUGGACACUGAAUCAGAUGAAGAUGGAUGGGGUAACGGUCUUGCUUCGAUUCUUCUUUUACUUCACCUAAUUCCACCAUCACCACAAGGUCGCAAGAGACCUGGAAAAAUGUCGGCAUCUCAAGCUGAGAAACACAUUGUGAUCUUCAAAAAGGCAGGGACUAACAUGCAGGAACAUCUUGAUUCAAUUGAAGAGAGAACCCAGCCCUACCUGCUUGCUAUGGGGACAAAGAAAAGCAGUAUUCAUGGAUACUACAUCAUCCUUGACAAAAAAGCCAUACCUUGCAAGUCAGUGAGUGGUCUUGCUGCCUUUGAUGAACUGUUCAAAGCCCACUUUGUGUUUGGUGCCUCGUACAACAAGGUGCUUCAUAACAUGUACACCUUCAUACAAACAACCGUUUAUGAGAUUGACAUUGGCAAAGUGAAAGAGAGUCCAAGGGUUGCUGAGCUCCGAGCCAGAUUCAUGCAUUAGAGGUGAUUGCCAGCUAAAAUGAUUUGUUUUGUUUGCUCUUGCUGUCUGGAGAACACAAAUUUGCUUGUUCGACAUCUAAAACUAAUUCAUGGUCUAUUUUCUUGCAAAUCGCUUCGUUUAAAAUGUGGACAGGCAGGAUGCUGUUUAGAAUUUGGAACAUAUUCCGGGUUCCGCAAACAUUUAAAUAGAGUUCAUAGACCAAGUAAUGAAGUUCCAUUACAUGUUCAAGAUGGUGCUGUUCAUGAAGCAGUUGUUGGGCAAUCUAGUAGUGUUGAUGUGGCUAAAUCUUCAAAUGUCAGUUCCUUACCAAUAUCCAGUAAAAACACCACGGAUAUGUGUGCGUCCGUAAUAGCACAACUGCAAGCUGCAGGUGUAAGUCAGACUACUGUUAAUACAUUUGUUAUGUCUAUGGAAGAAGUAGUUCAGGACAUCCAGGACCAAGUAAAAGAGACAGCUCUUCGUUGCUUAUCUUCACAGAACUCAGACAUUAAAAGUGAAGUGGAACAGUCAUUUCAGACAAUUGAAAACCCUUUUACCUCACUUAAUUCCAUGUCUAAACGAAACUCCUAUUUUUCCAGA